AUGGAGAAGCUGCGGCGGGUCCUGAGCGGCCAGGACGACGAGGAGCAGGGCCUGACCGCGCAGGUCCUUGAUGCCUCGACGCUUAGUUUCAACACCAGGCUGAAGUGGUUUGCCAUAUGCUUCGUCAGCGGCAUCUUCUUCUCCAUCCUUGGAACUGGAUUGCUGUGGCUCCCUGGAGGCAUAAAGCUUUUUGCCGUGUUUUAUACCUUUGGAAAUAUUGCUGCAUUAGCCAGUACAUGCUUUUUAAUGGGACCUCUGAAACAACUGAAAAAAAUGUUUGAAACAACGAGAUUGCUUGCAACAGUUAUUAUGCUUCUGUGUUUCGUGCUCACCCUGUGCGCUGCUCUUUGGUGGCAUAAGAAGGGGCUGGCCGUAUUAUUCUGCAUAUUGCAGUUCCUGUCGAUGACCUGGUAUAGUCUGUCAUACAUCCCAUAUGCAAGGGAUGCAGUAAUUAAGUGCUGUUCUUCUCUCCUGAGCUGA